UGCUGCUGAUUCCUCCCCUCCCUUUCUCCCCAAGAGUUGUCAGGAAGUCUGGGGGAGGGACAAAGCAGUUUCUUUUUCUUUUUUGUAAUAAUAAUGAAGGCCCCUUUGUGGAGAUGGAAUGAGAGGAAAGAGCUGGCUGACUGCUGUGCUGUAGACAGCCGAGCGUCCAGCAUCUCUUCCUUUGGCUGCUGAGAGGCCCUGGGUUCCAGACAGGGAACUGGAGAAGGGGAGGAGGUGACAGAGGGGCUUGGGGGAGAAGGCAGCAAAGGAUGGAGCUGCUGGUGCUGCUGAAUGCCUUGGGAACUCGGCUGCUCUUUGUCCUGCACUCCCUCCUUGGGGUCUGGAGAGUGACGGAAGUGAAGAAGGAACCGAAAUAUUGGUUGCUGGCAUUGCUUAAUCUCCUCCUCUGCUUGGAAACUGUGUUCACGCUCAAGUUUAAGCAAGGCAGAGGCUACAAAUGGUUUUCCCCAGCAAUAUUUCUCUAUCUGACAUGCAUAGUGCCUUCCUUGUGGCUUCUAGAGCUUCAUCCUGAGAUCCAGUUUUGCUCUAACAAAACCGAAGAGCUGUUGCAGAACAUCAGCGGAAAAGACACACUGAACUUUGGACAUGAGAUCACAAACAACCACAUAAUAAACACGGCCAGAGACCUUGUCAACACCCUCUCUUCAGUAUGUCAACCGAUCUGGACCCUUGGCCUUCAUCAGACCUUUCUCCUGCUUCUUAUCAUUGGGAGAUGGCUCCUUCCCAUUGGUGGUGAAAUUACCCGGGACCAGUUGUCACAGCUGCUUCUUAUGUUUGUGGGCACUGCAGCUGAUAUACUUGAAUUCACCAGUGAGACUUUGGAAAUAGGGAAUGUAAGGAAGAAACAUGCUCUUGUCUAUGCAAUUCUAGGAGUGUGGACCUGGAGUAUGUUGCAAUUUCCUCUGAAUCUUGCAGUGCAACACCUUGAAUGCAGUCCUUCCAUCUCCUCCAAGAAAGUCUUCCGUUUGCUUCUCUGCAGACACAGCGCCGACCUAUGGAACAUUGGCAUCAGCUUGUUCAUACAAGAUGGUCCUUUUCUUGUUGUGCGCUUGAUCCUGAUGAGCUAUUUUAAUAUCAUUACCCAGAUGCUGGUGUUUUUCACAGCUAAGAAUAUCUUAGUUGUGAUGCUACAGUUAUACCGCCUUGUUGUGUUAUCAUUCGACUUCCAUGCCUCCCUGCGGUAUCAGUCAAGCAGCCGGAAAGGAGGAGUCGGCUGUUGCCCGUGUGAACCUAACAAUCUCAGCCUUCCACCCAGCAGCUGUGAUAUGGAUGAAAGGGAUUGUGCUACCAUUGCUCUGGGGAAUUCAGUCACCAAUGAGCACCUGUGAGCUUUUCUUUGAUUCAAGACUUUGUGUUGUUCUCUCUCUCAGCCACUUUAGAAGGGACUGGCAUUAUCAAACGGCCCAUUCAGUUUCCUGUCCAUGAUGAAUUGAACUUUUGAUUCUAGCAACCAGGAGGAGAUGCUGAAGCACAACGGUCUGCCCUGAAUGGGAAACAAUUCAGUCCUUCUGAUUUAGGUGGCUGACAGUAAAUCCAUAGUGUAUUCAUCCUAUGGGAUUAGCAGAAGUACUUUUAUAGAAUUUUUGGAAAAUGUGAUGCUUUAGUGGACUUGGUUAUUGAUUGGUCAUUGUACUAGCAGAAUAUUUACCUGAAAUUCAGACUGAUCCUAGCAAAUGACCUCUUUGGAGAAGAAUGUAAAAGAAAUGCAUUCUUUCUGCCUAUCAGACAUAGAACUAUUCUGCACCCAGUAGAUGGGAGGACAACUGGCUUACAAUGAUCUCUCUCCCUGCCAAUAGAAAAUGAUAUUGUUUAGCCCAUGGAGGAAUUUCAAAAGAUUCUGAAACUCUUUCUUUACAGACAUUAUCAAACAUGACAUUCUCUCUUAUAUCUCGUUUGAUAUUAAGUAGAACAUCAUGUUGUACUUAACUUUAUCACGAGUCACUUUGUUCAAGGAUUUUGAUACAAAAGGCUUUGUACCUUUAAAAUUUCAGGCUAGGACAAUGUAGGAGGUUGUCUGCUCACCAAGGCAUCUCUUUUUCUAGGAUGGUUCCUGUUGCUGGGCAAUCAGUAACAGGUACUCUUAUUCCUGAUGGGUGAUCUACAUAAAAACUGAGCAUCAGAAGCCUGGUACCUUGAAGUUACCUGCAAUUCUGUAGCAUCAUUUGAAUUUUACUCUGGAUCUGACCAAUAAACUGAAGUUCUCAGCAUUCAUUUCAUCAGAUGUAUUUUCAGGUCUUGAAAAUAAAUGUCAUAUUAUGAAAAGGA